AGCCAUUCAUGGGAGGCUGUGAGUUCAGGAAGUUCCAGGAGGACCUGCAGUCUCGUCUCAUAGAAGAUAUUAAAACUAAUUGCUCGACGACCCAGGAUCAGUUUCCAUGUGAUCGUCAGUGUGCGACAUCUGUGGCUCAACUUUCGAAUCAACCUUGUCUUCAGGGUCGUCUGGGCUCCUACAGCAAAAGAACAAUACUAUCACGGAUGCCGGGAUGGACCGAUAUUUCACAUGUUGUGGACCAUUUUACCGAAAUGUGUAACUAACAUUAUAGGCAACACUGGAAAUGUCUUGUGUACAAUCUUCCUACGUAAUGACCAAAUCUCUGAAACACAUUAAAUUGUGACGGAAUAAAGUUUGCAAAUAUA